UAAGCAAGCUUCAUCAUUCUUCCAUUCGAUUCCGUUCUAUGGAAUGGUAGUUUUGAUUUCUGGGAAACACAAACAAGAGAAGCAGCAGAAUAUAUACAAAGUGACGAAGGAAUCAAUAAUCCCCAAAUAUUAUUUUUAUUAUUAUUUCAUUUCAUUUCAUUUAAUUAAAUAUCCCUUCCCUAGCUAGCUAGGGAUUUCAAUUUCACCAUGAAUGCCGCCGAAGAAGAGGAAGCUCCACCUCACCAACAACCCUCCGAUUCCCCACCUCCUCCUCCUCCUCCGUCGAACCUCUCAGUUAAUGCCGACGCCGAUAUGCACGACGCCGUCGUUAUUGGAUGUGAGAACAAUGAUUCCGCCGUAAACAGCACCGAUGAGGUUGCUGUUGAUGACGCGGCGUUGGCUGAGGGCGGUGAAGGCCAAUUGCAUGUGAUGGAAACUGCUUCCUACGGUGAUGGGGAUGGUAUGCAAGACGAUGAAGAAAUUGCUGCAGAGGAGAAGGGGACUGAUGUUGAUUUAGAGCCCGAUAAUGUCGAAGAGGUUCAAGUUAGGGUUGAUAACUCAGAUGAAGCUCCUUUGAUCGGAGAAGACGACGAGGAGAAGAAGGAAGAAGAAGACGAGAAAGAAAUUCAAGAAGGUGAACAUCCGCAGCAAAAUGAAGACGAUGAAGAACAAGAGCAGGAGCAAGAAGAUGACGAAGAAGAAGCUGAUCCUGAUGGUGAUGGUGAUGUUAGUUUACCAGAUGUAGAAGAUAAAGAGGCUGAUGAGGAGACGGUGGUGGAGGUAGCGGAGGAGGAGCCAAGUCCAAGUGCGAGUGCUGGGAAAAGGAAGAGUGGGAAUGGGAAGAAUUCUAAAUCGAGUGGGAGAGUUCCUUCAAAGAAAAAGAUGGAAGAGGACGUUUGUUUCAUUUGCUUUGAUGGGGGUGACCUUGUGCUUUGUGACCGAAGGGGUUGCCCCAAGGCUUACCACCCUUCUUGCGUUAAUCGCGACGAGGCCUUCUUCCAAACCAAGGGAAAGUGGAAUUGCGGUUGGCAUCUUUGCAGCAACUGUGAGAAGAAUGCACACUACUUGUGCUAUACAUGUACAUUCUCUUUGUGCAAGGGUUGUAUCAAAGAUGCUGUUAUGUUAUGUGUUAGGGGAAACAAGGGGUUUUGUGAGACAUGCAUGAGAACUGUAAUGUUGAUUGAACAGAAUGAGGAGGGAAACAACAUGGCACAGGUUGACUUUAAUGACAAAAAUAGUUGGGAGUACCUUUUCAAGGAUUACUAUGUAGAUCUAAAAGGAAAGCUAUCUCUAACAUUUGAUGAACUCGCUCAAGCCAAAAACCCUUGGAAGGGUUCUGGUAAGCUUCCUUCUAAAGAGGAAUCACCAGAUGAACUUUUUGAUGCCACAAAUGAUAGAGGAUCAGAUUCAGAUAGCCCUUAUGAGAAUGUAGAUUUGAGUCGAUCUAAAAAAAGAAAGCCCAAGAAACGGGCAAAGUCUCGUUCCAAAGAAGGGAAAUCAUAUAGUGCGUCAUCUACAGAAGAAAGCUCUGAGUGGGCUUCAAAGGAGCUUUUGGAGUUUGUGAUGCACAUGAGAAAUGGAGAUAAAUCUAUGUUGCCGCAGUUUGAUGUGCAUGCUCUUUUGCUAGAAUAUAUUAAAAUAAAUAAACUUCGAGAUCCUCGCCGAAAAAGUCAAAUCGUUUGUGAUGCGAGGCUUCAAAAUUUGUUUGGUAAGCCAAGAGUUGGACAUUUUGAAAUGUUAAAACUUCUUGAAUCCCAUUUCCUUCUAAAAGAGGAUUCACAAGCUGAAGAUCACCAGGGGAGUGUUGUCGAUACUGAAGUUAGUCAUCUGGAAGGUGAUGGCGAUGAUGAUACAUAUAUUAAAGUUGGAAAGGAUAAGAAACGUAAAAGUCGUAAAAAGGGUGAUGAGAGAGGACUUCAAUCAAAUAUUGAUGAAUAUGCAGCCAUUGAUAAUCAUAAUAUUAAUUUAAUUUAUCUAAGACGCAACUUAGUGGAAGAUCUACUUGAAGAUACAGAUCAGUUUCAUGACAGCGUUGUUGGUUCUUUUGUGAGAAUAAGAAUUUCUGGUAGUGGUCAAAAGCAAGACUUGUAUAGGCUGGUGCAGGUUGCAGGUACAUGCAAAACAGCAGAGCCAUAUAAAGUUGGUAAAAAGAUGACAGAUAUCUUGCUAGAAAUCUUAAAUUUAAACAAGACAGAGAUUGUAUCAAUGGAUAUCAUCUCAAAUCAGGAGUUCACAGAGGUAAUAAACCAUGGUAUGACGAGCUUGUUUCUUGACAAAGUGAGGGAAGUUUCAAGGCAAUUCUUUGAACUUCCAAAGGAAGAAAAGCAAAAAUGUGCUAGGGGGCUAGGCACUACUGAUACUGAAGGAUAUGGAAAUGAUAAUUAUUCAGAUCUUAAAAGGAAUGAUUGGGCUGAUAGAGUAUAUCUGAAGGUACAUCCUGAAGAUGAAAGGAAUUUAAAACUUUGGCCACAAAAACUCAAUGAUUUCAGGAAUACUACACAACAAUAUACCGAAUGUGUAUUGCAGUUAUACGAAGUAAUCUUAAGGGCCAUGUCGAAAUUAGUGAAUUUGGAAGAGGACUGUUUCCAAAAGGAAUGUGGAGAGAGAGCUGCAACGUAUAUGAGAAUCAAUUACUACCCUCCAUGUCCUAAGGCUGAUCAUGUUCUAGGCCUGAAGGUACAUUCUGAUCCAUCAACUAUAACUAUUCUGCUGCAAGAUAAAGAGGUUGAAGGCCUCCAAGUCCUCAAAGAUAACAAAUGGUUUAAAGUUCCAAUAGUCCCUGAUACUCUCCUGAUUAAUGUUGGUGAUCAAAUGGAGAUAAUGAGCAAUGGAAUUUUCCAGAGUCCAGUACACAGAGCAGUGGUAGAUUCAGAAAAGGAAAGGCUCACAGUAGUUAUGACAUGUCGCCCAAAUUCAGAGAAAGAGGUCAAACCAAUUGACAAACUAGUGAAUGAGUCAAGGCCAGUAUUAUACAAAACUGUGAAAGAUUAUGCUAUUUUGUAUCCAAAGAUUUCUCCUUACGGAAGACCAAUUGAUCAAUGCAAAAUUUAAUCAAAUGCUUAUCAGAAUUUCUUGAAAUGGUUUGUGGGGAGUUUAGCUUGUUUUAGUGUUGGCUUUAGGUUUGGAGGUUUUGUUUUUAUUCGUGUUGGUGGUACCUUUUGUUGAGUCGUGUUUUUAUUGGUGUUUAUGUUGUAUGGUGUUUGAAUUUUCUCUUGGAUGCUCCUCCUUUGGCGCAAGUUGUUAUGUACUUUUUAUCUUUCCAGUUUUAGUUCGUCGUAUGCAAAGAUUUGAUCAUUAAUAAAUUUAUUGUUAAAAAAACAAAUUGUGAAA